AUGGGUCAAUCACGACGCCCCGCUGGAGGGGAAAAGAAGAGCCGGUUUGGUCGCUCCAAAGCGGUCGCAGACGUUGGCGAUGGUCGCCAGUCCGGCAAGCCUCAGAUCAAGAAGGCCAUGUUCGAGAGCACCAAGAAGAAGGAGAUCGGCGUCUCGGACUUGACAUUGCUCAGCAAGAUCUCGAACGAGGCGAUCAAUGAGAACCUGAAGUUGCGCUUUCAACAUGGUGAAAUUUAUACCUAUAUCGGCCAUGUGUUGGUCUCAGUCAAUCCAUUCCAAGACUUGGGUAUCUACACCGAUGCCGUCCUCGAUUCCUACCGCGGCAAGAACCGACUCGAAGUCCCCCCCCAUGUCUUUGGCGUGGCGGAGUCAGCAUACUAUAACAUGAAAUCCUACAAAGACAACCAAUGUGUCAUUAUUUCAGGAGAAUCCGGUGCCGGAAAGACGGAAGCUGCGAAGCGAAUCAUGCAAUACAUCGCAAGUGUUUCAGGAGGCAGUGACUCGUCAAUUCAGCAAACCAAGGACAUGGUGCUGGCCACGAAUCCUUUACUUGAGUCGUUCGGUAACGCAAAAACAUUGAGAAACAACAAUUCCUCUCGUUUCGGAAAGUACUUGGAGCUCGAAUUCAAUGCCAACGGCGAGCCGGUAGGUGCCAACAUUACGAACUAUCUAUUGGAGAAAUCACGGGUAGUGGGCCAGAUCAUGAACGAGCGGAACUUCCACAUCUUUUACCAGUUCGCCAAGGGCGCCCCCCAGAAAUACCGGGACAGCUUCGGUAUCCAGCAGCCAAACACCUACCUCUACACCAGCCGUUCAAAAUGUUAUGAUGUCCCGGGAGUUGACGACGUGGCCGAAUUCCAAGAUACACUGAAUGCGAUGCGAGUGAUUGGUAUGACUGAGCCAGAGCAAGAUAAUGUUUUCCGGAUGCUAGCGGCAAUCCUUUGGAUUGGUAACAUCCAGUUUUCGGAGGAUGACAGUGGGAAUGCAGCUAUCACCGACCAGUCAGUCGUGGACUUUGUAGCAUAUUUGCUGGAGGUGGAUGCUACCCAAGUGAACAAGGCCAUGACAAUUCGUUUGAUGGAGACUUCCCGAGGCGGCCGCAGAGGAUCUGUUUACGAAGUUCCCCUUAAUACUGUGCAGGCAUCUGCUGUCCGUGAUGCCUUAGCAAAGGCCAUUUACUUCAAUCUGUUCGAUUGGAUUGUUGAGCGUGUCAACCAGUCUCUCACAGCCCGCUCAGCUAUCACCAACUCCAUCGGUAUCCUGGAUAUUUACGGGUUCGAGAUUUUUGAGAAAAAUUCCUUCGAACAACUUUGCAUCAACUACGUCAACGAGAAGCUCCAACAGAUUUUUAUCCAGCUCACCCUCAAGGCCGAGCAGGACGAGUAUGCGCGCGAACAAAUUCAAUGGACGCCGAUCAAGUACUUCGACAACAAGGUCGUGUGCUCCUUGAUUGAGGACAAACGCCCGCCAGGAGUCUUUGCUGCGCUUAAUGAUGCAUGUGCCACUGCCCACGCCGAUUCCGGAGCAGCUGAUACCACAUUUGUUGGCCGUUUGAAUUUCCUUGCCCAAAAUCCUAAUUUCGAAGGUCGCCAAGGCCAGUUCAUCAUCAAGCACUACGCCGGUGAUGUCAGCUACGCGGUUGAGGGAAUGACAGACAAGAAUAAGGACCAACUGCUCAAGGACCUGCUGAACUUGGCUUCUUCCAGUAGUAAUCAAUUCGUGCACACCCUCUUCCCCCAGCAAGUCAACCAAGAUGACAAGCGCCGGCCACCCACUGCCAGUGACAAGAUCAAGGCUUCUGCGAACGAUCUUGUUGCAACGCUCAUGAAGGCCCAGCCGUCAUACAUCCGAACCAUCAAACCCAACGACAACAAGGCCCCGAAGGAAUACAACGAGGGCAACGUGCUCCACCAGAUCAAAUAUCUCGGUCUCCAAGAGAACGUGCGUAUCCGUCGUGCGGGUUUUGCCUACCGUCAAACAUUCGACAAGUUCGUUGAGCGUUUCUACCUCCUGUCCCCCAAGACUUCAUAUGCUGGUGACUACACAUGGACUGGGGACUCCGAGUCUGGUGCAAGGCAAAUCCUGAAGGAUACCAGUAUCCCAGCAGAGGAGUACCAGAUGGGUAUCACCAAGGUUUUCGUCAAGACACCCGAAACCCUCUUCGCUCUUGAAGCCAUGCGAGACCGAUACUGGCACAACAUGGCUAUCCGGAUCCAACGAGCUUGGCGAAAUUAUCUUCGGUACCGCAUCGAAUGCGCUAUUCGAAUUCAACGGUUCUGGCGCCGCAUGAAUGGCGGAUUGGAAUUGAUCAAGGUCAGAGACUCAGGCCAUCAACUUCUCAAGGGACGCAAGGAACGUCGCAGGAUGAGUCUUCUCGGAUCUCGUCGCUUCCUAGGUGAUUACCUGGGUGUUGCUAACAGCGGCGGUCCUGGUGAGAUGAUUCGCAAAGGCGCCGCUAUUAGUAGCUCCGAAGAUAUACUAUUCUCCUGCCGUGCGGAGGUUCUUGUUUCCAAGUUCGGUCGAUCUAGCAAGCCUGCCCCUCGGAUUCUCGUCCUCAGCAACCGGAAUAUCUACAUUGUGGCCCAAGAAAUUGUUAACAACCAACUUGUGAUUUCUUCCGAGCGCACCAUCCCAAUUGGAGCUGUGAAAACUGUCAGCACAUCUAAUCUCCGAGAUGAUUGGUUUUCGCUGGUUGUUGGUGCUCAGGAGCCCGACCCGUUGUUGAACUGUGUUUUCAAGACGGAGUUCUUCACUCAUCUGAACACCGCGUUGCGCGGCUCUCUCAAUCUCAAGAUCGGCGAUGCUAUUGAAUACAACAAGAAGCCUGGCAAGCUGGCUAUCGUGAAGGUAGUCAAGGAUCCUGGUGCAGGCAAUGUUGACAGCUACAAGAGUAGCACAAUUCACACCCACGGUGGAGAGCCGGCAAGCUCUGUUUCCAAACCUACUCCUCGCCCUAAGCAGGUCGCCGCCCGACCUGUGACAACAGGCAAAUUGUUGCGACCUGGCGGUCCGGGUGGUGGCCCCUCGAAGCUUUCGGCUGCAGCUCGCAGACCUCCUCCAGCUGCGCAGCCGUUACCACAGUCCACUCCGACCCCCAAGCCAGCUCCCGCACCCCGAAUCGUUCCUCAAGUUGCUGCCGCAGCUGCGUCUCACUCUCGCAAUGAGUCGACCGCGUCGACCAGCUCGACCAGAGCUCCCCCUCCACCACCUCCUGCCGCACCGCCUGCCGCUAAGAAACCCUCCGUGCCAACCGCCAAGGUUCUCUAUGAUUUCACCAGUGAUCGCUCGAACGAGCUGGACAUCCGCACCGGUGAGAUUGUGCAGAUUGUCUCGAAGGAGGCAAAUGGAUGGUGGCUUUGCAUGAACAUGACAACCUCCACCCAAGGCUGGACCCCUGAGGCCUACCUCGAGGAGCAGGUCGCAGCCGCUCCAAAACCCACCCCUCCCCCACCUCCCCCAACCGCUCCUCGUGCUACACCCAGCCCUGUGGCAAAUGGCGCUGGGGUCGCCGCGGCCGCGAAAGCCAAGGCCAAGCCUGCACCGCCAGCACCGCCAGCAAAGCGCCCCAACAUGGCUGGCCGUAAGCCUGCGCCUCCACCGGCGCCCCGUGAUAGUGCGGUCAGUAUGAACUCGAACGAUUCGUCCGGGGCAAGUGGACGUGGGACCCCCAGCAGCGCCUCCAACGCCAGCCUGGCAGGUGGCCUGGCUGAAGCAUUGCGUGCUCGGCAGAGCGCGAUGCAGGGGAACCACGAUGACGACGACGACUGGUAG